UUUUAUACAUUCCGCUGACAAGAAAAUGUCAGUGUCAAGUCAUAACAGCGCAGCUGUUAUAACAUAGUAAAUAAACAACAUCAGUUGGUAGACGUAAUUGUUGAACGUCGACAGGGGCAAUCCUAAUACUCGAGUUUUGUCGAAAUACUUGCUCUUUAUUAUAUUGCAAAUGUAACCAGAUUCUUAUUCUUAUUCAAGUUGGGAUGAAUUUGUGGUUCUACAGGCAGUAAUUGCAGCGCGCGGAUUGCAGGCGAUGGCCCCUCGCCCCGCUAUGCCGCCCCGCGCUCGAACACCGUAAGUAAACAGUCUGGUGUUUAUCCGCGUCUCGCUCACACCGACCGCGUCGCGUCGCGCCUCUGAGGUGCACUCGCUGUUCCUAUUAUUUUCGUGACGGGUAUUGCGCCGAAGCCGAUUCCCGCAUCCUCGCCCCCGAGACGCGAGGUCCGGUCUCGCGGCGGAGGCGGCGGCGGCGGCCGUUCGCAUCGCGCGCCAGUCCGCGCCCGAGGCCGAAUGUCGCAUCGGUUCGCGCCUAUGAAACUUUGUUACCUAGUUGUCGUCUCUGUACAUCGAAAAUGUGGCACGUUCCAGAGUACGUAACGAGUCCGUGUCACGGCGGGUGACAGACGGACGGGACGACAGUGCCGGUGUUUAGAAUUUAAACGGAACAGUGACGUGUGGUGAUAAGUGAGCGGAUUGUGUAUUAGCGUGCCCAUGCUACACGUGAAUGUGGAUGGAGUGCGGAGUGGUGUCGGAAGAUGCAUUUCAAAGAGUCGUUCGCCAUGAGCGAUCGACCGAACGAGCGCGGCCGCCGCAACUCCCGCUGCAAGGGUGCCGGCGUCAAAAUGGAGCACUUCCAAGCGGCGCUCGAUCCUCGCAAGCAGGAGCUGCUGGAAGCGCGCUUCCUAGGCGCCAAGGUGAGCGCGAGGGAGAUACUAGUAGAAACUCAACGAGCCUCCGAAUGUAAGACGAUGUCAGCUGGGUCACAAAUUCAGAUGGCACCACAAACUACUGUCAACACGGGGCAACCACUACACAGUCAGGACUCCAAUAUGAGCACAGGGUCAUCGCAUAGUGAUAAAGAAGUUGAUGCUUUGACUCCCGAAAAGUCUGCUGCAAUGCGAGGCUCGACUGCAGGUCCAGGCGCUGCUCUUGUACCACCAAGUGGUGCAACACCUACUAUAGCUAUGCCAGAAAGAAAAAGGAAACGAAAAGGAGAAGAGGGCGUUGGCGGAGGUGGGGGCGGCGGCGGCAAACAGAGGCAUAAUUCUUCAGACAAAAAUAUUCGAGAAUACUUCUCGAAACAUCCCUCAUCCAGUCCUGUGCGACACACUGGCGCCAAGUCACCAUCACCUCAGGGCGCUAAUUAUCCUAUGUACCCACCGUCACCUUCGUCGUUACUGUCCACGGGAGCAGAUUUUUUACGUUCUGCUUCUCAGCAGCGACCCCAUACAUCUGUUAAACAGGUUCAAACAGAACUGACAUGUCAGAGGAUACAAGAGUUAGAAACUCAAGCGUCAUCUGACUUAGAAGUAAGAAAUAAUAGAAUAGAAGAAUUAACAAGAAGUAAUGAAGAACUGAAGCAUCAAGUGCAAGCACAGAGCAAGGUUAUAGAGCAACAUAAAUCACACAUAAAUAAGUGUAUAGACGUUGUUAAAAAGUUGUUGAAUGAGAAAAGUACUAUAGAAAAGAAGGAGGCACGGCAGCGGUGUAUGCAGAACCGGUUAAGGCUUGGUCAAUUCGUCACACAGCGUGUCGGUGCCACCUUCCAAGAGAAUUGGACUGAUGGAUAUGCAUUUCAAGAACUUACAAGGCGGCAAGAGGAGAUAACCGCUGAAAAGGAAGAGAUCGACCGCCAGAAGAAGCUGCUGUUCAAGAAGCGGCCCUCGAACAGCGAAGGUGGUGGCGGGAGAGGCAAGCGGACGUCGAGUGCGUCCACGCCCACCACGCCGCAGCCGCCGCCGCUGCACAACGGCACCGACGCGCCCACCUUCCUCAAGCCGGAUCCGCUACCCAGCAUGACCUGGCAGGAGUACUACGAGGCCGAUGAGAUAUUAAAACUAAGACAAAGUGCAUUAAAAAAGGAAGAUGCAGAUUUGCAGCUAGAGAUGGAAAAAUUAGAACGGGAAAGAAAUCUUCACAUUAGAGAACUAAAACGAAUACACAAUGAGGAUCAGAGUCGGUUUUCACAACAUCCUGUACUUUCUGAGCGGUAUCUGUUAUUGAUGCUACUCGGAAAAGGCGGGUUUAGUGAGGUGCACAAGGCGUUUGACCUGCGCGAGCAACGGUACACUGCCUGCAAAGUGCAUCAGUUGAACAAAGACUGGAAAGAAGACAAGAAGGCCAACUAUAUCAAACAUGCGUUACGGGAGUACAACAUACACAAAGCACUUGACCAUCCCCGAAUUGUGAAAUUAUACGACGUGUUUGAAAUUGAUGGCAAUUCGUUUUGUACAGUUCUGGAAUACUGCAACGGACAUGAUCUCGAUUUUUAUCUCAAACAGCAUAAAACGAUUCCUGAGCGUGAGGCGCGUUCGAUCGUAAUGCAAGUGGUGUCCGCACUAAAGUACUUGAAUGAGAUAAAGCCACCUGUGAUCCACUACGACCUGAAGCCAGGGAACAUUCUUCUGACGGAGGGCAAUGUGUGUGGCGAGAUCAAAAUUACUGAUUUCGGUCUCUCGAAGGUGAUGGACGAGGAGAAUUAUAACCCUGAUCAUGGAAUGGAUCUCACGAGUCAGGGCGCAGGCACUUAUUGGUACCUGCCGCCAGAGUGUUUUGUCGUCGGCAAAAACCCACCAAAGAUCAGUAGUAAGGUGGACGUUUGGAGUGUGGGCGUGAUUUUCUAUCAGUGCCUAUAUGGCAAGAAGCCUUUCGGCCACAAUCAGAGCCAAGCCACCAUACUCGAGGAGAAUACUAUACUUAAGGCGACUGAAGUGCAGUUUGCCAAUAAACCUACUGUCAGUAACGAGGCUAAGAGUUUCAUCCGAGCGUGCUUGGCGUACCGCAAGGAGGAGCGCAUCGACGUGUUCGGUCUGGCGCGGCACGAGUACCUGCAGCCGCCGAUGCCGAAGCCGCGCGGGGCGGGCGCGCCGGCGGCGGCGGCGGCGCCGGCGGCGUUCAGCGCGAACAUGUUCGGCGCGGGGUCGUCGUCCUAGCCGCGCCGCCGCCGC